GCGCAGUAGCGCAUUUUACCUCAGCAUCAUGGCGGCCCCCGUGGACCUCGAGCUAAAGAAGGCUUUCUCAGAGCUCCAGUCCAAAAUGAUUGACACACAGCAGAAGGCGAAGCUUGCAGACCUGCAGAUCGAACAGCUGAGUCGUAUGAAGAAACACGCCAACUUCACACAUGCAGAGAUCACCCUGCUCGUCAACAGCACCCGCAUGUACGAGGGAGCAGGACGCAUGUUCAUUUUACAGUCAAAAGAUGAGAUUUCAAAUCAGCUUUUAGAGAAGCAGAAAACAGCAGAUGACAAGAUCAAGGAGCUUGAGCAAAAGAAGACGUACCUUGAGCGCAGUGUUAAAGAAGCAGAGGAUAACAUAAGAGAGAUGCUGAUGUCCAGGAGAGCCCAGUGAAACUCCACACCCAUCCACACGCCAUAAAACCUGCUCCAUCAACUUUGUAUAACCAUCCCCUUAGUUUAUUCAUGCUUCUAGCAUGUGCUCUAGAAUACUCAUGACAGCCGAGCAAGAGUAAGAGUCAUUUGUCAGCUAAAGAGAGGAAGUUUAUUUAAGUGAGUCUUCAAAUGAAUGUACUGUUUACAGUCUGUCUAAUAUACCCUCUUGUGACCUCUUAGUUGAACUUUCACACCAUUCUGUAAGUUGUUAUUUGCUGUUAGAAUUCUUUAUAGAUUUCUCAUGGUAUGUAAAAUACAAUAAAGGGUGCAUAAUGUUUUUUUGUGUAAGCAGGUGUGAACAUGGUAAUAAAGAUGACUUUAAAAGACA